GGGACUCAAUCAGAUGGGCUGGUACAAAGGGGAGGGCAAACAGAAAGAAGUUUGACAUACUUAAGACAAAGAACACAGCAACUGGUAGUGAAGUUGUUGCCACUGAUGGAGGAGCCUUUCUGUGCUACGACUUCAUCCCAACAGCUUAGGAAUUUGAUGUUGAAUGUGUAAAAGAAAACAUCCCUCUAGACCUAAUCAGCUACACUGACAAUUCUGGAUAAAGAAGAGAAGAAGCAGCAGGAGACCAGAGCUGCAGGAAGACAGCAUACCACCACUAAAUAGAUAAGGAGGGAAACUCCAAAAUCACUACAAGCUCUUUCAACUUCAUGCAAGGAAAGGAGGUGGAAAGUAACCAAGUUCCCAGAGAACAAGUUCAGAGGCUCCGUUAAAGCACUGAGCAGACAGAAGAGGACUUCAAAAGAAGUGAGAAAAUCAGCAACAAUCUGGAGGACGAACAGCAAGAGGUCUACCGGGCCCCACAUCACAAUUUCAGUAUGAGUAUGAGUGGUACUCUAGAAAAGGGGGCCCAUCACCAGGCCUUGGACCUGUCCGAGGAACUGCCACCUCAUCAUCACCACCAUCACCACAACAGCCACCACCAACAUCUUCACCACUCUAACUCCCUGGCCUCCACCACCGCUGUGGGUGGAGGCAGAGAAACACCUUUACGUGUAGUCGUACCUCCUCCUUAUUCUGCAGCUGAGAUCGGUGGUGGGGGCAGUGAAGCGCCUCUGGAGCUGCGGGGGUCCCUGGACUGCUGGGCCUGCUCGGUGCUGGUGACGGCUCAGAACCUGAUUAUUGCCACCAUCAACGCCUGCCUCGCUGGCCUGGUGUUCGGGACCAUUUUGACUCCGGCCAUUGUCAUGGUGGUGUUUGGCUUCCUCUGUCACUCUACAGUCCGCCCCCAUGGGAAGAGCCCUUACUGCUCAGACCUGCUGACUGACGGCGGCUGCGUGGCUCUGCUGGUGGUGGGCUUCCUCUUGGUCACCCCUCUGCUGGUACUUGCGCUGGCUGCAUACUGCCGCCUGGCCCGACACCUCCAGCUGGGCCUGUGCUUUAUCCCGUACAGCCGGGCGGUGUACAAGAACCUGCCGGCCACCCAGCACCGCGGCCUGGGCACUGGCUGUUGUGGAGGCCGUGAUGGAGCUGAUGGCAGUGGGAAGGGAAAGGUCUGGGUGUGAGAUGAAGAUGAGAUUAAGGGGGAGAGGGGGAAUAGGAAGGCCAUUACAUGAAGAUUAUUAAGGGAACAAGAGAACAGGAUGAGCGGUUGUAUGGGAUGAAUAAAUAAACACAAUGGAUGUACAGCAGAAGGUAUACCAGAGAAGGGAGGUUGAGGGAGGCUGAUAAUGGCCGCUACUGUAGAAAACAGCUGGGAGACCAGUUACCUUGUUAUAAACACUGAAUAAUGACUUACAAUACAUGCUUUAAUGUCAGAUAAACAUUAUAAAUGGUUUUAUUGUUGGUUUUUUCCCCUGGGCACAUUGGCUUUUACAGGAGUUUUUGACAAUCGUGUUACAUCAUGGUGCCUUUUAAGAAUUGAGCAGAGGAUGAAACCAGUCAUUAGCGCAAAUAAAUAACAGCAAGAGUGACUAUCAGGAAUACAAAUGAUAAAAGAAACAAAUUCUAAAGCUGUCAUUAUAAACAACAAAGCAUCUAAGCAGACGCGCAUAAAACAUUUACUACCCUGAAUGUAUCACAGGAAAUAGCAAAACUGAAAAUAGCUCACGUAACAAGAAUUGUAUUUUGUCACUAAACAUAAUUGCAUCUUAUCACAUUUAUGUUAUUAUAAAAAAUAAUAUUGUCCGUUAUUGUCUUACAAAGUUUUCUGUGAAGUUGCUGCAGUUUCUCAUGUAAAUUCCUUUUUAUAAAUAAAGAUUUUAGAUUCAG